UGCAAACACAGGGAAUAAUCAAUCUUCCUCGAGAAGUGGAGCGAGAACAUGAGGUGCGGCACCCAUGAGUUGCCUUCAUACUCGCUCUCAAUGCCAUUGUCAACCGCACAUUAACAGUUUCCACGCCAAAAGUUCCGGUCCCAUUUUUACUGUGUCCUCAUUGAUUUUGAAUUGAUGUCUUCUACGACCUUGCUCUUAUAUGACCUCCAUCCCGGGCUCAUCAGUGUCUUGUGUAUAUUAUCCACCUUGGAUUCAUCGGGGCGACGCCGAUUUCGCCUUCUAGACUAGACGACAUACUGACUCAUUGUAAGUAAUUCAUAGACGAUCUUCCGACAUUCUCGACCUCUUAAAAAUCCUCCAUUUUUAUGAACAUGAACAGUACGUAGGAUACUAGACUUCAGCGCCCGAUAGCUCUCCCUCCACUAGAAUCCUCCACCUCCUUCGCGCAUUUCCUUCGUCAGGACGCACCUCCCCCGCUCCUCUUCCGCCAGCUUGCGACGCUUUCCUGGCGAAGUGGUCCGCGCCAGAGGUAGGAGCCGGAACAGAGGUGCCGCGGAAUUUAACAGGGGGGGGCGCUUCUGUCUCUGAGGUUUUUGAGAUAUCUCCAGGUUUGUCGGCUUUUGAAUUUAGUGCAGGGCUUUGGGCUGGGGGUCUUGAGUGCGAAGCUUCGCACGUAGGUCGCUGAAGUGGAGACUUGGGGCGGGAAUGAUUGAAGCUUUUGGCUUGCAGCUUGAAGCUCGCGGCCGCUUUCAGUGUGAAGCUUUGAGCCUCAGCAAAGCUCGAGGCGUAGAGCUUCGGGCUUGGCGCUUUGAUUUUGAAGCUUUGGGUUUGGGCUUGCAGGCUGAGGCUUUGGACUCGAGCGAAGUGCUGGGCUUGAAGGGUUUGGCCUGAAGUCUUGGGUCUGAGAUUUUGGGUCUGAAGUUUUGGACUGAAGACCUUGGAUUUGAGGCUUUGGCUUUGGAUUGGAAACGUUGGGCUUCAAGCGUCUAGCCUGAAGUCUUGGCUUUGAAGUUUUGGGCGUGAAGCCUUGGACUCGAAAUUUUGGGUUUGAAGUUUGGGGCUUGAGGCCUUGAGCCUGCGGCUUUGGGCUUGAGUUUUCGAAUUUGAGUUCUUGAAUUUGAAAAGUUUGAAGCUUCUUUUUGGUUGACAAUUCAAAACUUUGCGGCUUUUGUGCAAAAUAGCAAAGCGCUUGGAUUUUAUCGCUUAGGAUCUAAAUUGAUGAGUAUCCGGCUCCAAUGUAUGUGGUUCGAGUGUUUUUGGUCUGCGUGUUUUUGGUUCAGGUGCUUUUGGUUCAGGUGUUUUGGGUUCGGGUGCUUUCGGUUCAGCUGUGUUUUUUUUGUCGCUUGGAGAUUAAAUUCGCUGAGUUUGAAUUUCUCCAAUCCCAAAAUUUUGAAUUUUGAAAAGUUUCCCUGAGAUUCAUUUUCUUGGCUUCGAAUUUCUCAAAUUUCGAAGCUUUCCGCAUUAUUUUGCCGCCUUGGGAUUGAAUUCGCUGGAUUUGAUUCGCUCAAGUCCCAAAGUUUUCGACUUUAUUCGAACAGUUUCGCUGCAAUUCAAUUUCUUCGAUCAUGGGCUCACCACGAGUUCGUGAGUUCAUGGCUUCGUGGGUUCAUAGGUUCAUGGGUUUGCGUCUCAGAGGUUUGGGGUUUGGUGGUUUUUGUGUCGGAGGUUCAGGGUUCGGGUGUUGGGGGUUGAGGUUUCGGAGCGGAAGCGUUUGCUGAAUUUUGUUGCUCUUAAUAUUUAUGAUGUAGAUAGUGAUAGGCACAGGUACAGCGAUCUGCGAGGAUUUACAAAAAGUUUUGCUUGUAGAGUCAUCUUACGCUAUCGCUCGUUCUGCCACCGGGAUUUUUGUAUUUUCGUGCAUGCAGAUCGUUGUCGUCUGAAAGCAGCCGUUAUGUUGUAUUGGUAGAUGAUCAUCCUGCACAGAUGUUUUUGAACAGGUAGUUUUUACGCGUCGCCUCGGCUGGAUUCUUGCAAAGACUUAACAAUGACAAGCGAAGCAAGAUAGACCAAACAGGCCAUCAGUUCUAUUACAACUAGCUCGCAGAAAAUAUAGUGAGCGGGAUGAAUGCAGGG